AUGAUGAAGUUCAAAUCGUUAUUCCGUAGAGGGCAACAGGGCAAGCAGGAGCCCACGCUCAAGGGCGCCCCGUCUGUGUCGAGCCUCGACUCGAAGCACCACAAGGUCGCCCCGUCGAGGGAGAAGGCCCUGAAGAUAUUCGGCUCAAAGGAGAAGCUGCACAAGGCGCACAAGAAGAAGGACCUGGGGAAUAACAAUGCGCUGCUCGAGGACCCCGAGUUCAGGGAGGGGUUGGAGUAUGAAGAUGGGCAGGUGAGGGGCGAGUACGGCAGCGCGGAGGAGCUGGGCUCGCAGGAGUGCGUCAGUCUGCCGGUGACCCUCAACGCGGACCACAUGCCGGGCUUCCAGGACGUCGAGCUCAGGCCUAGGAUACCAUCUGAGUGCGCAAGGUUGCAGGCGUCGCUGGAGGAGGGGGCGCGCGGGGCGGAGGCGGAGGUGGAGGCGCUGCGGCGGCAGCUGGCGGCCGCGGACAUGGAGCGUGCGCAGCUGCAGGCGCGCCUCGACGACCUCCUGCAGGGGGCCGCGGAGGCGGACCGCCUGAGGGCGGAGCUGGAGAGGCUCAAGGCGGCGGAGGCGGAGCGCGAGGCGGCGAUGGAGCGCCUGGCGGACGAGAACGGCGCCCUGCGCGCGCGGCUGCGCGGCGUCGCCCACUCGCCGCUCUCCGACAGCGAGAAGCGGCAGCUGCUGCUGGCGCCGGCGCCGCGCCGCAUGCACUCCUCCGCGCCGGCCUCCAUCGCCCUCGCGCACAACGGCGAAGGCGACAGCGGCGAGGCGAGCACCCCGGAGUGGGACAAGCACUCGUCGUCGUCGCUCAGCGAGGUGUCCGUCGCCUGUCUGCAGGAUCGAAUACUGCAAAUGGAGGAGCACCACUACAGCACGAGCGAGGAGCUGCAGGCGACGCUGGCCGAGCUGGCCGACCUGCAGUCGCAGCUGGCGGACGCGCACGCGGACAACGAGCGUCUGGCGGACGAGAAGCAGGUGCUGCUCGAGUCGCUCUGCCGCCAGACUGAGAAGCUGGAGGACAGCAGGACCAAGGUGGAUACCCUGCAAGAGUUGCUACUGCGCGAGGGCGUUGAGCCGGAGACGCUGAACUCCGGAGACACCGAUCAGCAAUUGUUCGCCGUGUUGAAGAUGUCCCAAGAGGAACGUCGACAUUUGUUAAGUAAGCAGGAGCAGCUCGAAGCGGAACUGACUGAAUUGAAGAAUGCGCUAGAAGAAAAAACCAAAGAGAACGAGACGCUCGCUGAACGAAUUCGAAGCGCGGAGACGGCGCUGGAGCGCGCGGAGAGCGGGCGCGCGCGCUGGGAGCAGGAGGCGAACGCCGCCCGGGAGCUGGCCGCCGCGCGCCAGCACCAGCUCGCCACCAUGUCCGACCUGCUCGACGCCGCCAAGGCCAAGCUGGCCGGCGCGGCGGAGGGCGCGGCCGCGGCCGAGGCGGCGGCCACGGUGGCCGCGCGCCGCGAGGCCGACGCGGCGGCGGCCAGGGCGCCCGCGCUGGCGGAGCGGCUGGCGCACGCGCAGCGCCAGCUCGACCGUGCGCACGACGACGCCCGCCGCCUGCACGACGACGCGCUGGUGUCGCGCAACAACGCCAAGUCCACCAUCUCCGAGCUGGAGUUCCAGCUCGAGCAGCUGCGCCAGGAGAAGGCCGCCCUGCAGGGCGAGGUGAAGACUCUGCAGGAGAACGCGUCGGAGCUGCAGAUGCAGAUGCAGGUGGCGUCGGACGAGAAGCUGGCGCUGAUGUCGCGCGCGGGCGAGGCGCUGGCGCGGGCGGCCGAGCUGGAGCGCCAGCUGCAGGACGCGCGCGCGCGCCUCGCGCAGCUCGAGCGCGACAGAGAGCGCGACGAAGCUGAAUGGAAACAAUUCCAAAGCGACCUGCUUAUGACCGUUCGCGUGGCGAAUGAUUUCAAGACGGAGGCGCAAAGGGAACUCGAGCGACUCGUCUCCGAAAACAAAGCAGCUAGAGACCGCAUCCGGCUCCUAGAGGACCAGAUGCAUUCUCUCAAAGCAACAGAUAAAGUUAAAGUGAAUACACCGAACAAUUCAAUUUCUGUUUUAUCUGGCAUUGAUAAACGAAGCGAAUCUGAACAAGAGAACUACUACGAAGAAAUUGGACAACCGAUGAAAUCUACAAUUGAACGGGGCAAAAACGUAGCCGACGAAGAGAAGAUAUCUAGUCAAAAUAUUGAAGUGAAUGAUUUUCCUGUUAUUAGUCGAGAAGAGAUACUCAAAGUACCGAGGAAACCCAAGAGACCAAAGAAACAAGACACUGAAUCUGCAACCAUAAAGUCGAGCAACGCGGCAAUCAUGGACAAAGAAUUGGCGAAUAUCACAAAAUCUGUCAUUUCUCUGUCAAGAUCGCCAAGUGCUAAGGAUUUGGUCAAGAAACAAAAUAGUUCUUCUGUAGGGGAUAUCGUUCAGAGUUUAGAGAAGAAACCACUUGAAGUUGAGACGCUGAAAACCGGCGAGGUGCAGAUGAGGAAACACUCCCUGCAAGAUCAACAAGGGCAGAGAACUGAUACAGGGUCGCUACCUCGGCAAGCGCGAACUUACCACUGGAAGACGUUGGAGCAUAAGCGCCUCUCCCACCCGAUAAGGUCACUGAACGAUCCCCCGCCUCCGAGACCGCUACCGAUCCCGCCACGGUCCGAGGAGACGCCGCCGCCGCCGCUGCUGAGCAGCGCCUCGCUCCAGGACAUAAUGGCCACCGCCGCCUCGCACCGGCGCACCAAAGGUGUGAGCCGUCAGGAUUCGCGUCUGUCGGUGAAGUCGCUCAUCGAGAGCAUUGAGAACGCAGCGAAGGCGGCCAAGCAGGCGCCCGCCGCCACGUGCGACUGGCCACAGGGCGCAAGCGGCGCAGGGGGCGGUGCGGCGGGGGCCGAGGGCGGAACGGGCACCGGCGGGGGCGGGGGCGGUGUCGGGGCCGGGGGCGGGGGUGCGGCUGCGGAGGGGCAGGGGGGCGGGGCGCACCUGGCCGCCAAGCCGCCGGCGCCGCGCGCCGCCAGGCCCGCACAGCCGCCGCAAGAAACGGCGCCCGCCACCAACGUGCCGGACGAGGAGCGCGCGCUGGCCAGCCUGCAGCAGAAGGCCAUGGAGUCCUUCGUGAGGCGCAACAGCUACGGGGACAUCUGUGAAAGAAAGGACCCCCUGAACGCGCUGCAAGUGAAGAACGGCGGCUCGAAGCGGAACGCGCUGCUCAAGUGGUGCCAGCAGAAGACCGCGGGCUACAGCAAUAUCGACAUCACGAACUUCAGCUCGUCGUGGAACGACGGGCUGGCGCUGUGCGCGCUGCUGCACGCGUACGUGGGCGAGGCGCGGGUGCCGUACCGCCGCCUCUCGCCGCUCGACAAGCGCACCAACUUCGCGCUGGCCUUCGCCGCCGCAGAGGCGCAGGGCAUCCCCACCACGCUCAGCGUGCAGGACAUGAUCCAGCAGGAGCGCCCCGACUGGCAGCAGGUCAUGGCCUACGUCACCAGCAUCUACAAGCACUUCGAGACC